UUAAAACCAUGUAGGUAUACAGUUAUUUAGUUGCUAUUGAACAGCGGAAAACAUAUUUUUCUAUCAAUGCAUUUUCGAAAAAUAAAUUAUUAGGAUUUUUUUAUAAAAAAUAUUUAACAUAACUUAUAAUAAUUAUUAGCUGUAAAUUAACAAUUAAAUUUACCACAACGAAUGUAAUUCUUAUUAGUCUUAUUGAUAUGUCAUUGGCUAUCAAACAUAUUCAAUAAAUUCAUUUUAAAAAAGACAAGAAAAAAAAUAUUAUGACGAUUCGACAGUUACGUUGUCUACUGAUUCUUGCAUUAUGUAUCUCAGUUUUGUAUAUUAUUUAUACGGCGUAUUGGUUAAUUAAAAUAAAAUAUAAUUUGGAGAAGUUAGAGCGACCAGACAAGUACAAUGAACCGAAAGUGAAUAUUUCGGGUAAUUUCAAUCAACAGAGCCAUCCAUAUUUUUCGGAGCCAAUUAUAACUGUAACGCCUUAUAACAAAGAAAUGGAAUGGAAUGAAAUUGCGAACCCACCUCUACCGUGGUAUUUCAAAGAUGGUACAAUAAGACCAACCAAAGCUCGAUUGUUCCCAUCAAGGUCUUGGUUAAAACUUUCACAAGUGUGGCCUAAGGAACACAUAGACAGUGAUCGCGUGGAAGAACAAUUAAUGUUUGUACCACCACAUUAUGAUCAUAUCAAUGCACCAAUUAAGUCAAUUUUAUUAUACAACAAUAUUAAUGAAUGGAUGGUUGAUAGCGGGCAAAACGAAUUCAUUUCAAAAGAUUGCCCAGUAAAUAGAUGCACAAUUACUACAGACAAAUCAAAAAUCUCAAACAUAGAUUCAAUUUUAUUCCGAAAUGAAUUCUCAAAUCCAGGUCACAUAAAGACCGACAAACAAAUAUGGAUUUUGUUUAUUGUCGAGUCAGCGUAUUAUACAGAUCUUAACGUUAACCAUGAUUUAAUCAAUUGGACUGCUACAUAUCGUCAUGACAGUGAUAUCGUAACGCCUUACCAACGAUGGGCUUAUUACGAUCCGUCAGUGACUCAGGUUGAACAAUUUAAUCGAAAUUACGCACUAAAUAAAACGAAACAAGUGGCGAUGAUUGUUUCAGAUUGCAACACUGAUAAUUACAGGGAACUAUUAUAUGCUAGAGAGUUGAACAAAUAUAAUAUAUCUGUAGAUGUGUAUGGUGACUGUGAUGAAUUAAAAAAAAUCGAAUCUGAUAAAUUUCUACAAAUGCUGGACCAGGACUACAAAUUUUAUUUGGCUUUCGAGAAUUCAAAUUGUAUCGAUUACGUGACUGAAAAGUUUUUUGUCAACGGACUUCAGAAUAAUGUUCUACCGGUCGUGAUGGGCGCUCGCCGUGAAGACUACAAGCGAUUCGCACCUGACCGAUCUUACGUGCACGUGGACGACUACGAGUCGCCCGAACAGCUGGCCAACUACCUGCGGUGGUUGGACGCUGACGACGACCUGUACAAUGAGUUCUUUCAGUGGAAGGGCUCCGGCGAGUUUAUCGACACAAAGUUCUUCUGUCGGCUGUGCGCGAUGCUACAUGACGACGGCGCGCCGGCCCAGAGCUACCAGAACUUGGACCGCUGGUGGCGUGGACCGGGUGUGUGUGAUGACCGUGGUCCUGAGAUCCCGACACAAUUGCCGCGGCCGCCGAUAGCGGAUAAUGACAAAGAAGAACAAUGACGGAAGUGGAAGUGCCUGCGACGUCUAUAGACUUGUCUUUGUACACAUUCGUACCCACAUUACUAUAAUAUAAUAUUGAAGUCUGUCGGUGUACUGUAGACCUGCAGUAGUAUCGUCAACUCUAGCAAGUUCAUUUCUCUGACCCCCCCCUGCAUUCAAAAUACUACAAUUUUUUAUGUAAUUAAUUGAAUUACAAUAUACAAAUAGCAUGUAUUUACUGGACUAUUUUCUUAAUUUUCACACUUUUAGAUUAUAUGUGUAAAACCAAACCCGAAAUUCGCACGUCAUUUUACCAACCUAUUUAUCCGUUUAAACUCAAAUUACUUGACCCUUUGUGGGGCCUGUAGGGGAAAUGAAUUUACUAGGAAGGGGAAUGAUGUAUGAAUUUACCUGACGGGAAAUUGUUGGCUUUACACAAAAUCUAUAAGCGUGCAAUCGUGCAAAUUACGAAAAUAUUCAUUAUUCGUCCAAAUACUGAAAAAUAGGUGAGUAUACCUAAUCUAAAUAUUCUGGUUGCAUCCAGGAGCGGCUCCAGAGACAUGGUUAGGGGGCCAAGUCAUAAUUUUCAGACAAUUUCGAUGAUUUUUUUUGUAAUUUUGUUUUUAACAGUAUACAAUUGUUUAGAAAUUCAGCUUGGUGGGGGGGGCGGCCCCUAGGGCCUCCCUAGAGCCGCCCCUAGCUUGUAUCAUUCUAAUUAAUUGCAUAAAAAAUUGUAACAUUGAACAUUCUCAAUAUGUAGGGGUCAGAGAAACGUACCCAAUACCCAUACAUAACUAUAGGGUGAUGCUUUAUAACCAUAUAGGGGAUGUUGGUGAAGUUUGAACUCCUACUUUGAGCUAUCGACUUUAAAACAGUGCCAAACAAUCUUCCUCUGAUAGCGUCUAAUCCCAUUCUCACCCCCCCCCCCCUAAAUUAGACUUUAAGUAAAAUCAAAAGUUAGAAAAAAAUUGUAUUAUACCUAUCCAUAGUCUGAACUCUAUAUGACUAGAUUAUUUUCUAUUAUAUCAAAUACCUAUAGGUAUAUACCUAUUACCUAUUACCUAUGUACUAAUGAAGAUGCCUGCAGGGCUACAGCCGUAUAUAAUGUCUUGCUGAUAUAUGACAUAUAUAAACAUAAAACAUAUACCUAGUCAUACUCAUGUAGACUGGCCACCGGCGUACAAAGUAUAUAUUCAAUAGACAAUAGUUACAUAUUCAUCAACAUUUUACAUUGUAAAUUUAAACUUACUCAAUAAAACUUUAUCCAUUUUGUAAUUAGAAUAAAACGUUUUAUACAAAAAUUGUUCUAAGAAAAAUAUCUGUAAGAAAAACCUUUAGCCAUUAAAAUUGAGAAUGCGUGUAUCGAAAAGGUUACAAUUUUGAAAUGUCCU